AUGUUCAUACAAGGAGUGUAUAAGACGCUGCAUGGUGUUACAAAAUUGUACUGUUGUGGUAUGUGUAGUAAGGAUGACACAUGUAAAAGUGUGAAUUACCAGCGAGUCGCGAAGGAGUGUAAACUUGUUUCAAUGCCUUUGUCUGCUUGGAUUCCAACAUAUGACACCAACUGGGACGUUUACACAAAAAUCGGAUGGACACUUCUGUUUCGAGGUACACGCGGUAUUGGCGGGGAUAUCUACACAGCAUGGACCAAUGGUGAUUCAGUUACAGAAGAUGACGUCACCUGCAUGACAACUGACGUAACUUCCUGUAAUCAGCACUAUAGAAAUCCGAUUGUGAAUAUGUGGUCGUCACUCGCAACUACUCAAAUAAAGGUCAAAUAUGUGUUAUACAAAAGUGAAGGAGAAGUUGCAUACAUCAUUUUCAACGGAACUGGAAGUAACGCCACGUCUUGGUUUUCACAAGAAAACGUCUUUGAAUCCACAUGGGAUAAUCUUAAAAAUGAUACAUACAACUAUUUCUCUGCAUCAGGGUACAACAAUACUAGACGAUUUUAUGCUAAUCGGAACUUUGGAGGUUGUGAUGUUGAUACAGCGUAUACUGUCACCAUAGCAACACAGUUUAUAAACUGUGACUUUGACGUACCAGAAACCGUCCCACAGUUUCUCUACUCAACUUCCGCAACGUAUGGAUACCCAAACCAAAUGAUAGGAAUGGACAGAGCUGAUGUGAUGGCAAUCUUCGUUAUGAUAGGAUGAAAAAUUAACAAAGUAACCACGUGACAACCGUGCACUGACAUCAGGCGUACCUUUCUUUAUGCAAUUUAAGUUCGUGCCUAAAUUUGUUGCUAGACCAUAUCCAGUACAAAGCAUACAAAGAUAAUGUUCCUGAAUAUUUUUAUAUCAGAAUCAAAUAAGUUUUGUUCUAAGUAUAUCAUCUUUUUCUUGCUACAAUAUAAAAUUGUCUGACUUUUGUCAACAUUUGUCUCUCAGACCAUUUCUGAGUUAACGUUACUAAAAUAAACUAUAGGAGUGCCGUUGUACGUUUGCGUACAUACGUGGUAAUACAUUUACACCCGCAACAUCAUUAAAACCAACCUUAUGAAUGUGUACGAUGUGAUGCUAAUUCAUUUUUUAUUGUUUUAUUAUCAUUAUUAUUUUCAAUAUUAUUAUAACUGUAUCUUUUAUCAUUCUAUAUGUA